CGCGUCAUUGACAUGCGACGCGUCAUCGCCGUGCGCCACGGGUGGGGAGGAGCCGGUCCGGGCACCGGGCGGGCCCGCGGGGCCGGUCCGGGUCAUGGCGGGUGAGGCGGCGGCCGGCGGCGCGGAUCCAGGAGCCCGCGCGUGGCAGCCCCAGUGGGUGCCCCCAUGAACCAGCGUCGCGGCCGGGGCUGCCGGGACACCGCGGGGCGCCAUGAGAGCGGGCCACGAGCGGAGCCAGGAGUGUCUCCCGCCCAAGAAGCGGGAACUUGCCGCCGCCAACACUGGCACCGAGGCGGGACGGGCGGGGGGAGCCCAGGGCUCGGGCGAGGGCCCCGAGUGGGCUCGCACGGCUCGGCCGGCUCCCGCCACACCGCGCUACGGUCCUGGCGAGGCCCCCGAGGCGGCGGCGGGGCUGACGGUGGACCAAUACGGGAUGCUCUACAAAGUGGCAGCACCGCCUGCCACCUUCUCCCCCACGGGCCUGCACCCCGUGGUGAACGUGAGCCCCCUGCCCCCAGCCUUCAACGUGACCUCGCCCAUCAUCCAGCACCCAGCAGUGCCCUUCCCCUCCAUCCACUAUGCACAGAUCCCUUCGGCUUCCCUGCAACUCAUCGGUUCCCACUACACAGUGCCCUAUGCCGUCCCUCCUGCCUUCAUGCCUAGCCCUCUCCUGUCUCCUUCCACCAACCUCACUGCCCCCCAUGUCCCCCACUUUGUUCCAUAUGCCUCCCUGUUCACGGAAGAAGCUGCUCCUUCCCCCCAGACUACCUCUCCCACCCACAGCUUCAACAAAUCCACCUCUGCAGCCUCUCCUGGGCAGAUGCAGCACCACACUGCGCCCCAACCAGUGGACAUGGCACCGGGGAGAAUUCCUGUUUAUUAUCAGAUGUCUCGCCUCCCACCAGGCUAUUCAGCCUAUGAGGCACCUGUAGCAGGUGGGAACCCAGCGUCUCCUCAGCAAGACAGUCAGCUGAGCUCAGAGGUGGCUGCGGCCAAUGGUGGGCAGAGGCCCCUGGAGCAAAGUGUGGCCAGGAGGCCCAGCGAGGCCGUGGACUCUGCCAGCAGUGCAGUUGAGGACUGUCUGCCCCCAGGGGCUGCGGCAGGAUCUAUGAAUGAUGGACAGUUCCUUCCAGGUUACCAGAUGCUGGGAAGAGAGAUCUCUGUGCCUACUCACAGGAGCACCCCAGACGCUGAUCUGGAGGUUCAGAGGGUGGUGGGGGUGUUGGCAUCUCAGGAUUAUCAUGUUCUGGCAGCCCAGAGGAAAGAGGACCCAAGCCCUUUAAACCUUUGCCAUAAUACCCCUGAUGGGCAGGGAGACAUGCUGAGGAGCACCACAGAUAGGGCUGCAGCUGGGAACAGCCAGUCCCGGAGCCCAUGUGGAACGUCCCCCGAAGAGACUGUUAGACAGAGACAGUUAGCCAAAGGAAUGGUGAUAGCCAAUGGCAAGCCAGUACUUGUUCCUGUUGGAUCUGAGCCUGUCAGGUCUUCCACUUCAGAAGCCCUGCUGAGGGAGAGCCCAGAUGCCCAGGCUCGAGGAUAUGUGCUUGAAAAGGAGCUGGCCCACUUGCAGCCACCCAGCUCCUCACAACUGCCCUCUCACUUCAUGAAAGGAGCCAUCAUCCAGCUGGCGACAGGAGAGCUGAAGCGGGUGGAGGACCUGCAGACUCAAGACUUUGUUCGCAGUGCGGAGGUGAGUGGAGGCCUGAAGAUCGACUCCAGCACUGUGGUGGAUAUUCAGGAAAGCCAGUGGCCUGGGCUUGUCACACUGCAUUUUGUGGUUGGGGAGCAACAAAGUAAAGUGAGCAUUGAUGUGCCCCCGGAGCAUCCCUUCUUUGUGUAUGGCCAGGGCUGGUCCUCCUGCAGCCCCGGGAGGACUGCUCAGCUCUUUGCUUUGCCCUGUCACAGGCUGCAAGUGGGGGAUGUCUGCAUAUCAAUCAGUUUACAGAGCAUGAAUGGCAACUCUGCUUCUCAGGCCAACUCCCCUCUCACAGAUCAGCUGGUAUCUGCUAGGGAGAGAAUGGAACGAACAGCUCAGGGGCCCAGAGAGCCAUCUGACAGAGCUGUUGAAAGGAAGAGCCACACAGAUAGAACCAGCACGGCCCAGAGCUCCCGUGCAGAAUCUUCUCAGCCAGAGGCUGGCAGUCUGUACAGUUUGGCCCCAGGCUUCCAAAGAUACAGCAUGCAGGCAGAGGAGCCUCGGCCCUCUCUGCUCCGUCCCUCUUUCAUUCCCCAGGAGGUCAAGCUGUCUAUUGAAGGGCGUUCAAAUGCAGGGAAAUGAUCCCUUAGAGGUGUGAACUAGGGCAGCCACAGCAGGUGAGCCUCACCAUCAGGUGGAGGAAUUGCACAGACUGUCAGAGGCUCGCCAACAAAGGCUGCUCUUUGCCUUGCAGGAAUGGCUCCAUUCCAGUUCCAUGGCUGACCAGUUCCUCUUGGGGAGUCAGGAGGCCUCCAGUGCCUCAGGGAGCAGCGACAGGCUAGCUGGGGUGGGAAGCAGGGAUGUGGUCAUGAGUGUGUGAUGAGAGCAUUCCAGAGGCUGCUGGAGGCUGGGGCUUUCUCCCACCUCCUGGGAUAACUGACUCCCUGCGGGGCAGGGGCCGAGCAUUCGGGGCAGGUAGGGAGAUGAGGAGGGCAGACUUGGCUUAAGGUAGCAGAUAAAAUUGCUGAAGAUUUUAUUUCUCCUUUCUCAUGAUGGGGAGAUAUGAGUCCCCACUGGAGUUUGGGGGGCUCUACUCCCAGCAUCCCCUUUCUUCACACAUGCACUUUAAAAGGACCGUUCACCAAUGGAGCUCUCAAGGGCAGGAUGGAGGUGCUUCUCUGGUGGUUCUGAUUAAUGUCUCUUCCACUGAAUACAACUACUCUUUCUUCUUGCAAAGAAUGUACAGAUUUGAAUGAAUCACAGAAAUUCAAGAGGAAGGACCAAAAGGAUGGGCUUGGGUGCAGGUGAAUAGGGAACUUGAGCACUUGAGAUGGGACACAAGUUGGGAUGGGAGACGUUGUUUCCUCCUAUAAACUCUACUUAGUUGUUCUGCCACCAAAUCACAUCUUUCUUCCCAUGUUACUAACUUUCAAAAAAAACCCUCCUGGGCUUAUAGCUUUUGCAGAGACUUAACCUAGGGAUUAAUGGGGUUGGAUUUUUUUGUUUGGUUGAAUUUUGGUUUUGGAUAUUUUAUUGGUUUGGUUUUUUUGGGUUUUUUGGGUUUUUUUUUUGUUUUUUUUUUUUUUUUUUUUUUUUUUUUUUUUUUUUUUUUUUUUUUUUUUUUUUUGUUUUGUUUUGUUUUGUUUUGUUUUGAUCUGGAGCAAAAUACAUUCAGCAUUCUCUAGAGAAGGGUGAAAACAUUCUUCUGUGAGAAGACCAAUGCUAUUUUGUAAUUAAGUGAGAAAAAAUGUUUCAGAUGGCUAAUUCUUCCCUGCAGGCAGUUUCCUGGAUAAGCUCUAGACAAGAGACAAGUGUUUGUACAUAUGCAGGCAAGGUACAAAGUUUGUGCUAAGUACAAUUCUAUGACUAAUGUACGGACUCUAAAAAUAUCAAAGUGUCACAGGGCAUUUUGGGGUCAUUUUGUGUUAGUUUUUCUGAUGCUUCACUUCACAGUUCCUCUGUAGAACAAUGUGGUCAAAUCAAGAGUAGUCUUUUUCAUGGCGAGAUUUAAUACACUUGUGUAUGAACAGCUGAUUGUGGUGGUAACACUCUAUUGAGUGAAGUCUCCUGUAGUUACACUAAUCUGCCCUCUCUGAUGGUGUGUUAUGACACCAUGGCGCAGCUAGGAUAAAUAGUCACUGUUCUGGUGAGAAAACAGUUUUCACUGACUUAACCUGGAUUGAGUAUUCCUUGUGUUCAGGUGCCCAUCUCUGUGCUAGGACCAGGCUUUGGAGGGGGCUUUCUUAGUGUGCAGAGUCCUAAUGUUCAGUAUGCUGUUCCUAUCUCCCUGCUCUCAUCUGCCUGAAAUUUGUCUAGUGUGCCUGACUCUUGGGGUGCCACUCCUCUCUGUCACAGAAUGGUGUGUGUCAGCACCUCUCCUUGCAGUGGUGCUGUCUCAGGGCUGUUCUGCACUCCCCAGGAGUGUGUCCUGUAACUGGUUGGCUUCUGCUGACUGGGCAAUGAAUGCACGCUCUGCCUGUGUAUUAGGCAAGUUAGUCUCCAGAAUGUCCCUUCCAUCCUGGCCUCAGUCCUGUUUUCUUAGCACAUUGCUAGCCGUUUCUGUUGCCUUUAAAAUGCCUGCACCAGGACAGGCCUUAGAUGAGAUAUGUGCUAAUCAUGCCCUCAGUGUUUGUGCCUCACAGGGUUCUCCAGAAUGAGGAUGCUGCCUGUAUCAUGUGUAGCUGCUCCCAAAUGACACACUACUUCUGGUUUCAUCAGCUGCAUUUGCAAUGUGUGAAGUCACAGUGAUGCUGUUGUGUGAAGAUUCUGCCUCCUCAGGCGCAGCAGCUGUAGGAACAGAAGCUGUUUUCACAACCCUGUUUGUCAGUGAAGUGUCUUCCUGGGCCCCAUCACCACCUGGGGGUGUCACUGCUCCUACUGACUGGACUCUCCUAUGUAAAACUCUCCAUUAAUGUUGGUAAUUAGUACUUAAUGCUCAGGAUAUCUGAGGUGUCUGUGGCCAAAGGCAGGAGGCAGAGAAGCCUGGGUUCUCAUGCCUGUUCUAUGCACGGUGCAUGCAGAGGAAUUCAGGGCUGUGACAGGCACUUGAGAAAGGGAUCUAGCAUACAUAUGGCAUGUGAAUGUAGAAGGGCUGGUUACACCAUAGAGGCAGUGUCUGAGCAACUGAUGGUGCAGAGCCCCUUGAGUGUCUUUGAACCCCGAAGUCUGUCUUAGAGUGAGGGUUUGGAGAGCUUGCCUUAACACCAUGUGUGUUACUGUAACUCCUCGAUCUCAGCUGCACUGUGCAGUGGUCUGAAUGGGCAGUACUGACAAAUGAGGCAAGGUGCUGUGUGACUUAAAUAGCUUUGUACUGUAGGCAGGUGAAGGGCUGUGAAGGUGCUUGCCCUGUUGUUUACCUGGCUGCUGACCUGGACUUUGGCUUGCUGCACCUCUGUUGGGUGCAGUCCUGAGCUCUGUGGAACAGGCCAUGGUGAACUGGACCUUGGUGCUUUUAUCCAGACUCCUGUCAGUCCCGCUGCUGUGUGUGUUUCAGCUGCCAGCUCUUCCCUGGAAGCAGUGGUUUGAAGCACACAGCUCAUGACAGGGGCCUGAGAUGAAGAAUCUGUGUCUGGCUGUUUGCCCCAAAGGGUGAGCAGGAGGGGGCCACUGGCAACUCUCCAGCCCAGCUCAGCAGUACUGGUAUCACAGGAACCUGUCCUUACUGGACAGGGCUGUAUGACUUAGCACCAUAGUGGUGGUUGUGCUGAGCACUGAGGCUCUCCUGGGACAGGGAGUGCGUGGGACAGAGAGUGUGUGAGACAGGCUCUGCUGCAGUGAGAAAGGCUGUGAAUGAGCCCAUGGAGAAGGCUUUUUUUUCCUCGGGUUUACAGGGAAAGGAGGAGAUAAAGCCAGGAAGACAUUGCAGAGUGGGAUGGUUACCUGGGCUUUUCUGCUGGCAGAGAUGUGACAGACUUCUCAGAGAAAUAUACUACGUUCCUGCUGCUAUUGUCUAGGGUAGCAGAGCUGUGGUCUGUCCUGCCUGGAGGAGGCCCUAAUCUUAUCCAGCUCACACUCUGUAGCAGGAGUCUGUGGGAUGCAAUAAUGGGUGUCUGUAGCCAUCCGUCCCGUCCCAUGGAACAUGCCUCGGGUUAGCUGCACAGCAGAGCAAAGCCCGUCUCUGGGCUGUGCAUUCACGGCAAUGAGCGCUCAUCACUACCAGACUAUGCAGAGGAAGCUCUGUCUGGAAGGGAAGGAAGCUGCAGAGGCCACUCUGCCUUCCCCUUCCAGCUCCUGAGCAGCUUUUUAUAUUGCACUUUUCACAUUGUGUCCCUGUCCCCACCCCAGACUUCAAGUCACUUUGUCCCAUAGAGAACUAACAAUCCUUGUUACUCAGAAAAUAUUGUAAAAUAAUCUACAGCAGCUGGAGUAGCCCAAAUGCUAGUUCCUGCCCGCAGCAGCACACGUGCCUUCCCCAGUGUCGCUCACAACUGCUCCCUGUCUUUCAAGCUGUGCUAGAGCCUGACAUUUGUCAGAAGCUGCUAAGACAGCUACAAAUACACAUCCUGUACAGUUUGGCCCAGGGUGUUCCACAUAUAGUUUAAAAUGCUGAUGGUCCAGGCCCUUCCAUGGCCUUCACACGGUCAAGGACAGAAUUGCCCCAUAGGUCCUGGGCUGCUGCCGCCCACCCUGCCGCCCCUGGCACACUCAAGUUGUUUUUGGCUUUCAUGGCACCUUAGCGCCGGGGAGGGUGUCCUCAGAGAGAGAGAGAGAGAGACGGGGAGCUGGCUGGGCUGCCCUGAGGCAGAGAGAUGUUUGUAGAUAAGUGCUGACCCCUCACUAUAACCCCCAGUAUAUGGCUGUAUUAACAUGUAACCGAUGCAGUGUAUCUAAAGCCUUAGAACUAGUCAGGUGCUCCCCUCCAACUUUGUCCCUGCCCCUUUCCUCCUACCUGAUCUUUAACAAAGCAUUAAUAAUUCUAAGGAUAAUCUCUAUUUUGUUGUGCUUAUUUUGUAACUGUUUUAAAUAAAUCAAUUUGUACUGUAUAUUUGUACUUUGGUGAGAUCCUUUUUCCUGUUUUACCAUUUUAAGUCUGUACUUGCCUACAAACAAAUUGUAUUUUUAUUGUUAAUGCUUUUAUGAAUAUUGCAUUUAACUUGUUGACUCUGUAAACACAGUAUAUAUCUAUAUACAUAUAUAUAUAUAUAUAUCUAUAUAUAAACCAAUAGCUUUUCCUUUGGUGUUUGAGACUUUUUGCUUGUCUGCAGUAUCAGUGGUCAUUAGCAUGUGACUUCUCUGGAAGUGAUCUGGAGACAAGGGCAAGAUACAGGGUGACAGAUGGAUUAUAAGUCAUAAUUCUGUGUUUUCAGCUACUUUUGUGUUAUGUGGUCUCUCCUGAACCCCUUGGAAUAAAGAUAAGGUGUCAGAACACUACAGGGAAAAUUCCAGCUGCAGGUUGGAGAGUAAAGGUACACCUCUGCUGGGCAAGCAAAACACGAGGCAGAGCAAAAGCAGAUACUGCCAGAAGCAAACUGGGGGUUUGAGUAUCAAAACGAACACAAGUGAAGAUAAAAGUGAGAGAUCAGAGAACAAAAGAGGGUAUGAACAAAGGAACAUGGAACUGAACAGCUCCUUUACAGUGCCUUUUCCCAAAGAGAGAGAAGCAGGGAUGGCUCCUGGGUGUCAGCUCUACAUGAUGAAUGAACAUCAUGUUAAAACAGCUUCUGUACAGGGAGGAAACUAGAUGUUGCAGUGGCAGGAGAAGAAAACUUGCACUAAAAAGGUUCAAUGCUGUUUCCUAGCAGCAUCCGCAGGGCUGGCUGUGAGAGUGGUUCAUUAUUUGCCAGAAAAGUGCAACAUUAUGCAUUUUGAAGGUAACUAUUUUAACUAGGGCUUUAAACUGAAAAACAAUCAAAUGUUUUUCAAACUGAAAAGUGAGGAGGAAAUGAGUGUUUUAAGUAGUCUGAUCAAAAGGUUUUGCUUCUUGUUUUAACUUUAUUCUUCUGAUCUCAAGUAGCAGUCUUGUGGUCACCAUUUCUGACUUAAAGAGAAACAGCCAUCAGAGAGAAGACAGUACUUCCCAAGGUGUUUGAACCACUGUAUGACUCUAGACCUUAACUGGAAAUGCUAUGGAGGUAAUAGGGGCUUCCAGGCUACAAAACACAGAAGUGUGGCACAUGGCACACUGGCUUUUGGUGGGCUGAUGUCUCAAAACCACAAAGCUAACACCAUGCAUUUUCAGGUGCUCACUCUUAAAGAAGCCAAAUAAUGGAGGGUGUACCGCUUCUUUGCCCUGCCACAAGUCCUUCUGUGCCACUGCUUUGCCUUUUGCAGUUUAAAUAUGCCUAGAUAUCGUUUCCAUAGUUGCAUAGUUUUAAUAGCGAUUUCUAUUAGCAACGAGAGCCAUUUCCUGUAGGCACAGGCUACGAUGACAUUUUGCCUCCAGUACAUCUGUGUUGCUCUUGCACUGGGGACUCCAGCACUGGACACAGGUCUCCAGAUGUGGCCUCACCAGUGCUGAAUAAAGAGAAAAGCAAACCCAUAAAGUCCUAGAAACUGACCUACUCUGUUAUUUACCAUUCAAUCAACUCUUUCACUUGCAAACCUGAAAUGCUGUUUAAGUGAAAAUAACUUGUGAGUAAAGCAGCAAACCUGCUUGCUAUUUGUUUACCUUGGCCAGCCUUUCUUUCACUAUUUUUAUGGGGUAUCUUAAAACAGGACCUUAGGUUCCUUAGUUUUUCCAUGGAUGCCACUGCAACUAAGUAUGUAAUAACGAUGUUUUAAAAAAGGGUGUGCACAGGCAUUUCCAGAAGGGCAUCCUCCUUUGUUUCCUUUUUACGGGCACAAGCUGCAAAGGAUUUACUCCUGGAGGACUUUGUGGACUAUCUGUCUUCAGCUCUGUAAUUCAUGCUGCAGUGAACAAGAUCCUUUUCCUUUUUUAUUGAGGUGGAUUUCACCUACAGCAGAACUGCAGCAGCCU